AUGGAAAACAGUAAAUAUGGAAAUUCAAUGGUGGAACGAGUGCCUUUACAAUACUCAAAUGCAAGCAAAGUUGUGAUUAACCCAGCAUAUUUUGCAAUGAUUCGAACAAAACAAAAUCAAGUGAAAUCAGUACUUCAUCAAGAAAUUAUUCAAAAUGGUCCAUCAUCUGCUCAAAGGAGUUUAGCAGCUACAUCAUCAAAAAAACGGGCCAACAAAAUAAAUAGAGCUUUCAACACUAGCCAUGGAAAUCAACACCCUGAAUCGCAUAAACGGGCCCGUGAAUCGGAUUAUAUGACCAGUUCCUCAAAAAUGUAUAAAAGUGAUUCCACAUCAUCGACAUCACAAAAUUAUGAAAAGAUAUCGACGUUUGAAAUUGAUCAUUCGAUCAAGCCAACAAUCUCAUCAUCAACCCAACCAAUGAGCAAAAAAGCAUUAUUGUUACAAAAACUCUUCGCACCGCCCCGUAAAUCAAAUUACUGCACCAGUAGCGAUGAAAAGGAAGUAUCCGCAAAACCACCAUUACAAAAACUCUACGCAGAGCCCCGUGAACCGGAUUAUUUUUCCAGUUGCGAUGACGAGGAAUUAUUCACAAAACCACCAUUACAAAAACUCUACGCAGAGUCCCGUGAAUCGGAUUAUUCCAGCAGUAGCGAUGAAGAGGAUUCAACUGCAAAACUACCAUUACAAAAACUCUACGCAGAGCCUCGUAAAUCGAGUUAUUUCACCAGUAGCGAUGAAGAGGAAACAUCUGCAAAACCCUCAUCACAAAAACUCUACGCAGAGCCCUGUGAAUCGGAUUAUUCCAGCAGUAGCGAUGAAGAUGAAGACUUCUUAUCUAAAGAUCUUGAAAUCAGUGACAGCGAAACCGAAGAUGGCAACGAGAUGAUUGAAAUCAGCGAUAGCAAAAGCGAAGAGUCCUCGUCCGCCAAACAACCAUUACAACAACUCUACGAAGAGCUCCUUAAAUCGGAUCAUUCCACCAGUAGCGAUGAAGGUGAGGAUUUUCUCUCCAAAGAUCUUGAAGUCAGUGAUAGCGAAACCGAAGAUGGCAACGAGGUGAUUGAAGUCAGCGAUAGCAAAAACGAAAAGAAAUCAUCGGCAAAAGCAUCAAAUGGACCGAAGAAGCCAAAGAA